AUGACUUUCUUCUGCGACCGCUUCAGCGGGCGCAGGUAUUCCUGUUCGCGCAAUUGCGCCUGCAGGAGGUGGCGGGUAUCGUGGCUCGUUGCUACGAGCCCGUCGGUAGGUGUGCUGCAAUGGCAGCGUCUGGCCGGUGGUGACGUCGGUGGCUUCAUCUCGCGCACCGACGUCCUGGGUGCUGCACGCUUCGGGAUAAAGAACCAGGUUAAUAGAAGUAGUGAAGUCAUUAGAAAUGGGAAGGUUUCCUCAAGUUCGGACAGUUUACUUCCAAUUCGCUUAGCUGGCAACAUUCUUCUCUUCACGGCUCAUGGCAUCAACAUAAUAGUUAUGCAUUUGGCAUUACAGGAUUUGAAGGACAAAAACCUUAUUAUAUUCAAAUCGUUACAAUGGAAGUACAUUACUAUAUGGAAUUUGACCUUUCAAAAUAUCUACCUCUUAGGCUGUAUAGCGUGCGAUCUAUCCACCAUGUUUAAGAUCUUCGACUCGAAUCCCUUUUUGAAACAAAUGAAGCGGUACAGAACAACGUAUUUUGCGGCAGUCCUGUGGCCUACAAGUCUUGUGGUCUCCGUGUUGUUCUGGCCUAUUUUCUUUUACAAUAGAGAACUUGUAUUCCCUUCCUAUAUUGACAAAGUACUGUCUUUGGGGUCGAAUCAUAUGAUACACUCCUUCAUAAUUGUCGUGAAUGCGUGGGAGCUGGUGCUUUUGCCAAGAAAAAGGCCGGCUACACAUAAGACAAAUUUCCUAAUCAUGGCUGUCAUUUAUGUGGCUUAUUUCACUUUGAUGAUAACGAACUACCACCGCACAGGAAUUUGGCCCUACCCACUCGCUUAUGACUUAUACGGAACCAUUUAUUUCCCCCUACUUAUGCUGGGAAUACUGAUUCUACAGAUUUUUUCGUAUUUCAUACAAUGGCCUCUUGUGGAUCUCUGUCAUGGAUCUAGGAAGAAAGUUGAUUGA